ACAACAAUCAGGGUCGUGUUUUCUGAAGGUCGGGCAGCGCAGGGACAUUUUCAAGAUCACUUGUGUGUGCGUCCUGUUUAAGAAAGCGAUGACGACUUCUGUUGGCCCCAUGUACUUCUUUGAUCAGCCAACAAGACAAAGACGCAAAAAUAAAGGAAGAAGUAUUAACUUAGACCUGAGUGGGGAGAAGGAACAAUGUCAAAGAGAAAACAAAGACCAACGUGACUUACCCAAGGUGCUGCCAGGUGAAGCACAAGAGGAGGCUAGACCUGAGAUCUCUUCGUCUGUUUUUAGCCUAAAAGAACAGGAUGUGAUAGACGCAUACAAGCGCACAGCCCCGCAGUUACUCAGUGAACUGGCUCAUGUUCUUUCACAGCACAAGUGGAGCGCUGAAGGUCGACUUCCUCACGGGCUUGUGAACAUCCUCCACUACACCUGGCAGGAGCUGACCGCAGGGGCCCGGCUGCUGCCUGCUCCACAGCACCCAGAGAAACACACAAAACCUCUGGCAUCAUCAAAUAUAGAUUUAUCCCCUCAACCCCUAUCAGCCAAUCAAAAACGAGAUAGAGAAGUAGCCACCUGUCAAGUUAAACCGCAAGUCAGCAGCACCAGUGCACGUGUGAAGAAGAAAAAGUCCCGCGCCUGCAAAGAUCUCAGCCCAACAUCUCUUAGUUUCUCAAUUUUAAACCAGAGCAGCAGUGAUCAAGCCUGGAAAAUACAGCAACACCACAUAUCAUGCACUGAGGACAUCCAUUUGUACAAGUGGGCCCUGGAGCGUCUACAGGGUGCAAGAAGUUCAAUAGUACCAUCAUCAGAGCCUAACUGGCCACUAUUACUACGACACUAUGGAGAUGCACGGCCAAAACAGGGGGAUAAAAGUGAGAGGAGUAAAGCCCAUCCUGGGAUGUUUUUAAAUGGUUUGCCCCAGAUCCCUGAUAUGCAGCUGCCAGACCCACGGAAGAACCAACAGAAGCUACACUACCGGAUCAGCGAUGGCUCCUCCAUAAUAUACUACCCGUCUGGUUGUAUGGCUGUGUGCCAAAGCUGCUCUGGUCAGCCUUCUGGAGGUUUUUACUCCAAUGUUUUUUCUGAUAGUGACCCUCCUGUGGUCAUUGCUACGAUUACAGCGUUUGGACAUGGUACUGUGAUGCACCCACACAGCAGUCUGGGACCAGGAGGGUGGGCUUAUACUUGACCACCAAGGCCGUGUAACUAAG